UAUAUCCUGUAGUUUCUUGAGAAAUACUGCAGUUUGAUGUGUUUUCCAUCAAGCCAGCAGCCAUCCAAUUUGAAAUUGUAAGCUAUAUUCACUGCACAGUUAAGCUGAGGUUUGGGAUAGCUAUUGCUUGUGUGCAGAUGAUAGUUUAAUGGGGAGCAGUUCCGGGGCGUUGCAGGCAUGGGGAAAGCAAAUAGGUAAUGUGCAUCUGGUGAAGACAUCCCCACCCUCUCUGGUGUGUUCAGCAGUAUGCCAACGUCACUUGAAAUGCAACAGGGAGAAGUGACCUGACUGCAUUUUAAGCCACAAAGGUAUGCACAGCCAUAGAUAGGGGAGGAGGCUGAGCCUAUGCUUCUUACCUGAAUUUAUGCGUCAUACCUGUGCCUGUUGCUGUCUGCCUAGAAACCAUUCUUCCUUGGAACAUGGCCUGAGUUGGUCGGUGCUAGGAGCGUGGUUACUACAAUAGAGCCUGCCUCUUCUUCGGAAGAGUUGUGCCUGAAUCCCUGCAGCAAGGGACCAAGCUUCUGCUAAAAAAAACACCAAGGGGGAGCAAACUUGGCAGGAACCAGAUGUGAGAAAGUGAUGCUUGCUUGAGAAGAAAUUGUAUGCACCUCCUCCUAGUAUGGCUCUGUACUAUCCAACUAUGAUGCAGACCUUUCCUUAUAACUAUCUGCCUCUUGGGCCAAGUCGACCAUCAGACACUGCACACGCCCCCAUGAUCCCUCCAGUCCAGAUGCACAACUUCUACAACAGGCCUCUUGCUGUGAUUAUGGACAAUAACAAUGGUUACAACGUAAAUCCAGCAAACCAAGUGGAGUACCAUCACAUCCAUGGUGCAAAUCCUAACUUCUAUCCUUACCCUUUCUGGUACUACCCCCAAGUGAGCCCUCUUCCUCUGUACAACCCCUAUGCUAACUAUCCUCCUUAUGCAGCCUACCAAAGACCAGGCUGGGAUGCGUGGCCUGAGGGAUUCACCUUGAGAGGAGAGCUCCAUUGGGGCAAGCUUGAGAGGAUUGUGGGACCUAGGAGGGACUUGCCGGAAUUCGUGAAAGACGAUCUCAGAAGGGUCUAUGGCACCUAUCCAAGGACGGAUGUUACCAUAACAUACCACAGUGGGGAAUUUAUUGUGAAAGGGGACCCUAGAGUUGGAGAACAAGAAUACAGGGUAGAGAAGAGAAUCAUCCGAAACGAACCUACCCCAACUGCUAGUGAAGCUGAGGAUAGCAGUGAAGACCGCAAUAGGAAGAAGAAAAAGAAAUCAAAGAGAUAAUGAAAGUGGUUCAAAUAAUACUGACUGAACAUGUAUCCCUCUGUUUAGACCUAAUAUCUGGCGGCAAUGAUACCGAAAACUGAAAGAGAUUUUUCUGUGACAUUUUUAUAGGUUCCAAUAACUUUCUUAGUAGCUGUUGUAUACUCACUAAUGUGCACACAUACUUUUCUCUUGUGCUAAUAGGAAGAUGUUGCUCAUUUUGUCAACCCCUGCUCUUUUUUUGAGUCACUCCAAAUGAAUGCCAGUAGUGCAGCCUUUCAAUUGGAUCAACCAAAAAUCUACUUAUAAAAACUGACUAUGGAUUUCAGGCACAUUAUCUUCCUAGUUGUACAUUACCAUUUUGCACCAUAAAUUCUUCCUGCCCCCUCAUUGUUGGAGGGAUCUCUUUUCUUUCUUUCCUUCCCCCACCCCUGGCCAAACAUUGGCUACUUUAAGUAAAUGUCCAUAGAGUUCACUAUGGAAUUAUUCAGAAACUGAACCCGAGGUCACAGUACAAGGUGAUGGUAUACUGAAAAUCUGGUCACACUGUGACAAUGGACACACAACAUACAUAAAUAGGAUCAGAGUACCUUUAUUUUUAACAUCAGCACAGACAAACCUAUUGUGAAUUCCACCUUCUGUAAUAUGUUUUAAGCCAUUUGUGAUUCUUUCCUAGUGAGAUGAACAAUUGCUUGGCCAUCAGGUUGCACUUUGUAUAUAUGCAAGACAUAGAGCAUUUUAAAUAAAGGAAAACAAGCAUGUUU